AUGAGGAGAAAGCUGUUUUUGGCGCUGAAGCUCAAGCUGAAACCAUGGAAGAAAUCUGGAAAAGAGCGCGAAUCGACUGUGAGCAACAAUGUCGUCUCUCAAAUCGCUUCAUAUGAGAAGAAACUCGCUGCUUCUGAAACAAUCCCGAAAGAAUCGGCUGUGAGUACCAGUAUUGCUUCUGAAAUCGCUUCACCUGAGAAUAACCUUACUGAUUCCGAAUCAAUCCUUGGCAAAGAAUCGUCUUCUGAAGUCCCUUCAUCUGAGGAUAGUAUUACUGAGAACGAUGUGUUGAUCGAAUCGUCUUCUGAAGUAGCUUCAUCUAAGAAUGAUCCCAUCGUUUCCAAAUCCACCACAAACUGUCUGACUGUCAUCAGACAUCAUUUGAUCAGAGAUCUCCCACGCUCUGUUCAACGUUCUCCCGUUGUGCCAGACGCUAAGCCUCCACUUAGCCGGUCUGCAAGGAAAAAGCUCAAUAAAGGUCCUGGGAGCAUGAGCCUCACUGCAGCACAGAAACGGAAGUUUGGUCAUAGGAAGGGUAAGAAGAAGUACGAUCGGGAGCGUGAUGACUUCUAAACUCAGCCAGCAAACACAGGGAUUUACUUUGCAGUGAGCUCAACAAGGAUUUGUAAACUCUCAUUAAAUCCCGUGAUUGAGCAAUACACUUGUUUUGGUUUGUGAUUUGGAUUUAGUUUACCAUGGAAAACAGGGAUUUACUUGUGGGAUUUCUGCUUUUGGAUUUGUGAUUUGGAUCGAAUCUCAGCAAUAUUUCCUUGA